AAGUGUAUUCGCUUUCACCAUGCGAGACGCAGUCACUCAAUCUAUCUCCCAUUUUUCAACAUAUAUUCCUACCAAUUUUAAAUUCCCGCACUAACACUCCUGCUCCCUAUGGCCUCACUCUGCUGGCGGUUACCUACUGCCGGCACCGGCACCGGCACCGCCACCGCCACACUCUUUGGUCAGGUCCGCUUGCUCCAACCGACGAACUCCGCGUCGAUUUUCAGAAUCCACUAUGGCUAUUCACGUGAAUAUCCAGGAAUCAUUCUACAGCUACGACGUCGCCCGUGGACUCCGGUAGUGGAAGCUAUUGGAAACAGCGGCGCACGAGAGAGAUCGGAUUUCAGUGAGGAGGAUGAGAAGGAGAUGCCACACUCGCUGGCAGAGGAUAGGAGUCGGAAAGAUGUGAAUCAGGCUGUUAAGGUGGUGGUUGCUGCAGCGGCGGUGGUGGCGAUGGGCGUCGGAAAUAGGGUUCUGUAUAAGCUGGCGUUGGUUCCUCUGAAGCAAUACCCUUUCUUCUUGGCUCAGUUUUCAACUUUUGUAUAUGUAAUUGUAUACUUUUCUAUUUUGUAUAUCCGGUACCGUGCUGGCAUCGUCACUGAUGAGAUGCUAUCAAUGCCAAAAACUCCGUUUCUGAUUGUUGGUCUUUUGGAAGCUCUGGGUGCUGCCACAGGAAUGGCGGCAGGAGCAAUGCUAUCGGGUGCAUCAAUUCCAAUCUUGUCUCAGACUUUUCUUGUGUGGCAAAUUCUCCUGUCAACUAUUCUUCUUGGGAGAAGAUAUAAAGUCAACCAACUACUUGGAUGCUUUCUUGUGGCCAUUGGUGUAAUUAUCACUGUAGCAAGUGGAUCUGGUGCCGGCAAAUCAUUGCAGGAAGCUGGUAUAUUUUGGAGCCUUUUAAUGAUGACUUCAUUUUUAUUCCAAGCAGCUGAUACUGUGCUCAAGGAGGUAAUCUUUAUGGAUUCAGCUCGGAAACUCAAGGGAGGUUCUUUGGACUUGUUUGUUGUCAAUUCAUUCGGAUCUGCUUUCCAAGCACUGUUUAUAUGCCUCCUCCUCCCCUUCUUAUCAAAACUAUGGGGCAUCCCUUUCAGUCAACUGCCUAACUACCUUAAAGAUGGUGCAGCCUGCUUUCUGAAUCUUGGGACGCUGUCUAGUGGAUGUGAUGGAGCUCCCCUACUUCCCUUGCUGUUCAUUAUUGUCAACAUGGGCUUCAAUAUCUCGUUGCUUCAUCUCCUCAAGAUCUCUUCAGCUGUUGUGUCUUGUCUAGCCACCACGUUAUCAGUCCCAAUAUCAAUCUAUCUGUUCACGCUGCCACUGCCAUACCUUGGUGUUGCCUCUUCACUUCCGACAGGCUUUCUUGCCGGAGCCAUCAUUCUCAUCAUCGGAUUACUCAUCUAUACAUGGACUCCUUCAAAUGUUUCCUCCAAUUCUUCCUUGACUGCUCCCACCUAGAGAAGCCAGAUGGGAAUUUGAACCUCAAUAACUGCAUCAUUUCUCCAAGCAGAGUAUAGAUUGCAAACAACACUCGAUAGAUAACGGUACAACCAAUGUUCAUCAGGCCCACCCUUUCACAAGACAAGGGGGAGAAAUGAAAAUGAUGUAAUUUUUGUUUCAAUAACAUUUGAUGAAAAUGAUGAAGAAAAGAAAACAGGAAAAUAAAUCUCCCUGAGCUUGCUCAAGUGAUAAAGAAAGAGUAUGGAUAAGUCUAAUUCAAUUUUUGUGGAAAAACAAAAUGAAAUAGAGGGUAAAAGGUAUUUCAUAGAGGUUUUUGUUUUGUUAUAGAAAAUUUGAAAAGAAUAAAUUUUUAUCAUGCAUUUAAUCUCCUUUUGGUGUACUGCUCAAAUACAUCUUGAGACUAUCUGCGAUUUUUGUGUGACAGAAAGUACCUAAUCAAGAUGGCUAUCUAAUCAAUACUUUCAAUGAUUUUGUAACAUUA